AUGCGUAACGUCACUGCGCCCGUUUGGGCGUGCACGCCGGACGGGUUUGGCACGCGGGUGCGCGCGCGCAUGCGCCACCCGCCUAGCGAAGAAGCGCGCCGAGAGACGGCGACCUCCUCGCGCUCGCGGCCCGUUCUAUUUGCGUUCGCCACCGUCACACGGUCCGCCCUCAGUCAGUCGCAAGGCUCGGCCGGCCGCCGUACGCGCGUCCGCCGCCGCCACCGCCGCCGCCGCCGCCGUGGUCCCACUCCGUCGCAUACGGCGGGCGGCCCCGUGCGCGCCAUGGCUGCCCAGCCGACGCGUCCGCCCCCCGACAACCUGCUGUUCCGCGGACCCCCGCCCACCCUGCCCCGCGUCCUCCUCGUGCCCAACGACCACCCGUCUGCCGCCACCAAAGGCUGCACCGUACUCAGCGCAGCGGACGACGCGGACGCCCUGCGGGAAAUAAACAAUGUUGGCGUGCCCACCUAUGGGGAGCCGUACGACACGGCUCAGCGACAGAACGACGCGUUCGAGAACGAUCCCAAAGCGGAACAACAACCGGCGUUCGGCAGUUUGUUGCGCAGGAGCCACAGUUUUGAUAUCUCUUAUAUUUACAGUAGUAAGUGUGAUGAUGAAUUAGUGGCCAUAGCGUAUAGGCAGAGGCGGUCCGAGCCGGACCUGUCGAAGUAUGGACUUUUUGUGGAAGCCGAUGUUGCAAUGCAAUGCGAGCCGAUGGCACCCGCAUCGCUUGUGCUAAACAAUCCCUUUUACGAUGGUUCUUUCGCAUUGGAUCCUGCUUUAUUGGAUCGAUCGAUAGUCGCGUUACCUGACAAUUACUUGGCUUUCGAAGACUCAUUCGUGCCAACGUGGGACUAUAAGCCAGAAUUUCUCAACAAUACAGACUUGAAUCCGGAAUUGUACUAUGAAACGUUACCUAUUGUUCCAUCAAACGACCCUUGGUCUGUGUACGAACAUAAUAAUUCAAAUUUUGGCUACUACGCACCGCAGUUAGAAGUACCGACAGAAGAUGGUAUCCAAUAUAUGCGUUUGAGUGAAUUGGAAUUUGCCUUGCCGCAAUACAUGAGUUUGCCAACAGUACUAACAAUAGACCCCUUAAACAACCAGACAAAGGAACAUAAUGAUUUACAAGCGGAAAAGGAAACAAAUAAUAAUGUUGUUUCUGACAACGUAAGUGUAAAACAAGAAGUUGCGUCAAGUGCAAAUAAGAAGGAGCCACUGUCGCCGUCUACUGCUGGCAUAACACCGACGAAUGAACAAAAUAGCAACGAAGUACCUACAAACAGAGAUUCUUCACGCAGCGCAGAGUCAUUAAAUGCCGACGUUUCCAAUGACGUCACUUCGAGUUUAGCAUUCAUCCCCAGCAGCAAAAGCUCGCAGAUACUCAGCGCCCGAGACGACACGAGCGAUGACACAUCGCCGUGUUCCACAGACUACCAAGAGGCAUCCGCCCUCGACUUAACGCAGAGCCUCGGCGAACUCUCCAGUUGCGUUGAUAGCACUGAAUUUUCUCAAAGCAGGGACGACGUUUCACCAGCACCCGCGGAGGCAACCACGAAAUUCGCGUCAAGCGAAAUCAAAAAGAAAGACGACGAAUGCAAUGGCCCGCUUGUACCGUCUUCUGAGAUAGCCGUGGCUAAAAUGCCACUCCGCCAAUUACCCUCCAUCCCGCACCGAGACGACCAGCCAACGAAACUGCCACCGGUACCGGAAAAUCCGCCAUCCACGGACUCCGUAGUCGACAAGCCGAAAACCGCACUAGCCCACAACCAACCGGUAGACGCGAAAACUGUAGUAAAUAUAGCCGAUAAGGCGCCCCCGAAACCUGGCUGCAAUCAGUCGGUAGCGAUAUGUAGUAGUAAAGUUAAAGGUGCGAACGUACGACGAAACCUCCCCACACCGCCGUCCGUGCCACCGGCCUGGCUCUCAAACGCGCCGACCGGUGACCGCGCUGAUAAUGUACAGAAAAAUGUGCCUCAAAUCUGCAUUCAGAGAGCGGAGGGCCAGACGAGGGGCGCGGACAAGAGCCCGAAGGCAACGCAGCAAGCGCCCGCGAAAGGAUGCGCCCCAGGAGCCGCCGCCACUGAGCCACAGCCGUCCUGCUCAUUUGCACCACCGCCACAACCCCCACACAAUUCACAGCUGAAACCCGACAAACAACCCAAAGAAGUCGAGGUCAGCCAACAUUUUUCAAUUCUACGGCCGCACAGCCAC